CCUUCUUUCGUCGGAGUUUUCCCGCCACAGCACAAGAAUGUCUGUGGCAUAUGCAGCUCCUAAUGUGAUUGGACACUGAAGUCGGCAGACUCGCGCCAGUUUUACACCGUCUUCAGAGCACUUUGUGAAUAAUCGUCUCCGGUGGCUGUGCCGAAACAAAUAAUAACACACUUUCUGAUUACAAAUAGUUUUAAAGUCAACAUCUUUAAACAUUGGCAUUAGCAAUAAUGGCCCCCAAGGAUUAUUUGGCUGAGAAAGAGAAAUGCAAGCGUUUCCUGCAGGAGUUUUACAGUGAAGACGAUUCUGGGAAGAAAGUGUUCAAAUAUGGAGCUCAGCUUGUGUCCCUGGCCCACAGGGAGCAGGUGGCCCUCCAGGUGGACCUGGACGACCUGGCGGAGGAGGACCCAGAGCUUGUGGAGAGCGUCUGUGAGAACGCCAGGCGCUACACGGCCCUGUUCUCAGACGCCAUCCAGGAGCUGCUGCCAGAGUACCGCGAGAGAGAGGUGGUGGCCAAAGACUCCCUGGAUGUUUACAUCGAGCACAGGCUGAUGAUCGAGCAAAGGGGUCACGACCCCGCAGACAACAGGGACGCCCGCAACCAGUACCCAGCAGAGCUCAUGAGGAGAUUUGAGCUGUACUUCAAACCUCCCACCACCAACAAACCCAAGGUGGUCCGUGACGUGCGGGCAGACAGCAUUGGUCACUUGGUGACGGUGAGGGGCAUCGUUACUCGUGCCACUGAGGUCAAACCCAUGAUGGCGGUGGCCACUUACACGUGUGACCAGUGCGGUGCUGAAACCUAUCAGCCGAUCCAGUCCCCCACCUUCAUGCCCCUCAUCAUGUGUCCCAGCCAAGACUGCGUUACCAACAAGUCUGGAGGGAGGCUGUACCUGCAGACCAGAGGGUCAAAGUUCGUCAAGUUCCAGGAGCUGCGCAUUCAGGAACACAGCGACCAGGUGCCGGUGGGGAACAUCCCCAGGAGCAUGAGCAUCUACGCCCGUGGGGAGAACACGCGCGUGGCCCAGCCCGGAGACCACGUGGCCGUGGCCGGAGUCUUCCUCCCUCUGCUCCGCACCGGCUUCAGGCAGGCUGUGCAGGGUCUCCUGUCUGAGACGUACCUGGAGGCCCACAGCGUCACUCUGAUGAACAAGACCGAGGACGACGAGCUGGGGAGCGGGGAACUCAGCGAGGACGAGCUCCAGCAGAUCACAGAGGAGGACUUUUACGAGAAGCUGGCAGGCUCCAUCGCCCCGGAGAUAUACGGCCACGAGGACGUGAAGAAGGCUCUCCUGCUGCUGCUGGUGGGUGGUGUGCAGCAGGCCCCUAAAGGGAUGAAGAUCAGAGGCACCAUCAACAUCUGCCUGAUGGGAGACCCGGGAGUUGCCAAGUCUCAGCUGCUGUCUUACAUCGACCGCCUGGCCCCUCGCAGCCAGUACACGACUGGACGGGGGUCCUCCGGCGUGGGUCUGACGGCGGCCGUGAUGCGAGACCACCUGACCGGGGAGAUGACCCUGGAGGGUGGGGCCCUGGUGCUGGCCGACCAGGGGGUGUGCUGCAUCGACGAGUUUGACAAGAUGGCCGACGCCGACCGCACGGCUAUCCACGAGGUGAUGGAGCAGCAGACCAUCUCCAUCGCCAAGGCGGGCAUCAUGACCUCCCUCAACGCCCGCUGUUCCAUCCUGGCGGCCGCCAACCCGGCCUACGGUCGCUACAACGCCCGCAAGACCAUCGAGCAGAACAUCCAGCUGCCCGCCGCGCUGCUCUCCCGCUUCGAUCUGCUCUGGCUGAUCCAGGACAAGCCGGACGCAGACUCAGACCUGCGGCUCGCCCAGCACAUCACCUACGUCCACCAACACUGCCGUCAGCCGCCCACACACUUCACCCCCAUCGACAUGAAGCUCAUGAGGCGCUACAUCUCUCAGUGUAAGAAGAGGCAGCCGGUGGUGCCCGAGGCUCUGGCUGACUACAUCACAGCCGCUUACGUGGAGAUGAGGAAGGAGGCGCGCGUCAGCAAGGACACCACCUUCACCUCCGCCCGCACCCUGCUCUCCAUCCUGCGCCUCUCCACCGCCCUGGCCCGUCUGCGCUUGGUGGAUCAGGUGGAGAAGGAGGACGUGAACGAGGCCAUGAGACUCAUGGAGAUGUCCAAGGACUCUCUGCAGGCCGACAAGUCCAGCACCACCAGGGCCCAGCGGCCAGCGGACGUGAUCUUCUCCCUGCUGCGUGAGCUGGCCACAGAGGGCGUGGCGGGGCGUGGCGGCGCCGGGGGCGUGGUCCGCAUGGCGGAGGCAGAGCAGCGCUGCGUGUCGCGAGGCUUCACCCCCGCCCAGUUCCAGGAGGCGCUGGAGGAGUACGAGGAGCUGAACGUGUGGCAGGUGAACCAGGGCCGCACACGGGUCACCUUUGUCUGAUCCCGCGAGACUUCGAGCGGCUCUUAUGAUGACAAGGUCUCUCCAGCGUAAUCCCGCGAGACUUCGAGCGGCUCUUCUGAUGACGAGGUCUCUCCAGUGUAGUCCCGCGAGACUUCGAGCGUCCCUUCUGAUGAGUGGCUUAUGUAGACUUGUACUGGACCAUCUUUUUGAAUCUGCCUUCACGCCCAUCAUGGUUUCACUGCUAGCUGUCAUGGCAGCUCUGCAGUCAUUUAGCUCAUGGGAUCACGGAGGGGUUUGUUUCUUGACUUUAUUGUGCUUUUUUUAUGUCAUGUGUUCCCAAAUAAAGAAUAUUGUAAAUAUA